GAGCAGUCGGUUUUUUGCUUGGGACCAACACGAGCGCGAUGGAUGAUGAGUACGACCACGACGCCGCCAUGGACGACAUGGACGAUGUGAACGAGGAGCAGGAAGAGAUGGAGAACUUCGACGAGAUGGAAGAUGGCGCCGAGCACGAGAACGGCGUCGCGCUCCUCGACGAGUCGGAGAAGCAGCCCAACGCCCACCGCAUCACGACGCGCUACAUGACCAAGUACGAGCGCGCCCGCGUCCUUGGCACGCGCGCGCUACAGAUCAGCAUGAACGCGCCGGUCAUGGUCGACAUUGAAGGCGAGACGGACCCGCUCAAGAUUGCCAUGAAGGAGCUCAGCCAGCGCAAGAUCCCGAUCAUCAUCCGCCGGUACCUUCCCGAUGGCUCGUACGAGGACUGGUCCAUCGACGAACUCAUUAUUGAAUAAUAAACUUACACGCUUUGCACUCUCGA